UAUGACGCCAGAAGCGGGCUUGCCAGCUUCUCAGACGUGAAACGCGCUUGCGCAAAGGAGGCGAGCGUGUAAGUUACAAUUGAGUAACGCCAGGAACGAUUGGACACGGGUCGGGCAAUAAUAGUCUCCUAUUGGCUGGUGACCUAAACUCACAGAAGCCCUGAUUGGAUGCGACGAGGCCAGGUGCGCCGGCUCUUUAGUCGUUCCGGUCCUGGAUUGGUGCGCCCAGAACUUUGGUUUUCAAAUCUGCUGACGUUAGAGGUGGGCAGUGGAUAAGCCGGGAGGUUUGAAUUUGGAGCGAGUAGGCCGAAACAAGCAGCCAGAAGUUGCGGAGGAGAGCUAGUGACCUUCGGUUUGUGGAGCUGGUCAUCAACAUGUCUUUUCCUAAGGCGCCCCUGAAACGAUUCAAUGACCCUUCCGGUUGUGCACCGUCUCCAGGUGCUUAUGAUGUUAAAACUUCAGAAGUAUUAAAAGGACCAGUAUCAUUUCAGAAAUCACAAAGAUUUAAAAAACAAAAAGAGUCUCAACAAAAUCUUAAUGUUGACAGAGAUACUGCCUUGCCUGCUUCAGCAAGGAAAGUUAAGACUUUGGGAUUAAAGAAGGAAUCUCAAAAGAAUGAUAAAGAUUUGAAGAUACUAGAAAAAGAGAUUCGUGUUCUUGUGCAAGAACGUGGUGCUCAGGACAAGCAGAUCCAAGAUCUGGAAGCUGAGUUGGAGAAGGUGGAGGCCAAACUAAAUGCUGCAGUCAGGGAGAAAACAUCUCUCUCCGCAAGUAAUGCUGCACUAGAAAAACAGCUUAUUGAGUUAACUAGAUCUAAUGAGCUACUUAAAUCAAAGUUUUCUGAAGAUAAUAACCAGAAGACUAUGAGAAUUCUAAGCCUCGAGUUAAUGAAACUUAGAAACAAAAGAGAAACAAAGAUGAGGAAUAUGAUGGCUAAACAGGAAGGCAUGGAAGUGAAGCUGCAGGUCACUCAGAAGAAUCUGGAGGAGUCUCAGGGGAAAAUAGCACAACUUGAGGGGAAACUUGUUUCAAUAGAGAAGGAAAAGACUGAUGAAAAAUCUGAAACAGAAAAACUCUUAGAAUACAUCGAAGAAAUUAGUUGUGCAUCAGAUCAAGUGGAGAAAUACAAGCUAGAUAUUGCCCAAUUAGAAGAAAAUUUGAAAGAGAAGAAUCAUGAAGUUGUAAGCCUUAAGCAGUCUCUUGAGGAAAAUGUUGUUUUACUUUCUAAACAAGUAGAAGACCUGAAUGCUAAGUGUCAGCUACUCGAAAAAGAAAAAGAAGACCUUGUCAACAGGGAUAGAGUACGGGAUGAAACUCUAAAUUCUGAAAUGCAAAACUUAAAGGAGAACCUUAUUCUUGAAAAACAGGAACAUGAAAAACUACGACAAAAAGAAUUACAGACUGAUUCACUUCUGCAACAAGAAAAGGAACUGUCCUCCAGUCUUCAACAGAAGCUAUGUUCCUUUCAAGAGGAAAUGAUGAAAGAGAGGAAUCUCUUUGAGGAAGAAUUAAAGCAAGCACUGGAUGAGCUAGAUAAAUUACAGCAAAAAGAGGAACAAGCUGAAAGGCUAGUCAGACAGUUGGAAGAAGAAACAAAAUCUCGAGCUGAAGAACUGAAACUCCUAGAAGAAAAGCUGAAAGGGAAAGAAGCUGAACUGGAAGAAAGUAAUGCUGCUCACAGUCAAGCCACUCUGCUUUUGCAGGAGAGCUAUCAUAGUAUAGUGCAAAGCCUUGGAGAUGCUACUGCUCAAUUUGAAAGUUAUAAAGCAUUUAUGGCUCGGGAGAUAGAAGAUCUUAAAUUGGAGAACUUGUCACUUCAGGAAAAAGUGACCAGGGCUGAGAAAAGUGCAGAAGAUACUCAACAUCAGAUAUUGGCAACUGAGAAUGCAAAUCAAGAAUACGCAAGGAUGCUCCUGGAUCUGCAGACCAAAUCAGCACUUAAAGAAGCAGAAAUUAAAGAAAUCACAGUCUCUUCUCUUAAAACAAUAACUGAUUUGCAGAACCAACUCAAGCAAAAUGGUGAAGAGUUAAAGAAACAACUGGAAGAGGAAGAAACAAGAAAAGCUGGAAAAGAAAACACAGUGGCAGAGUUAACUGAGGAAAUGAAUAAGUGGCGUCUCCUUUAUGAAGAACUAUAUAAUAAAACAAAACCUUUUCAGCUACAACUGGAUGCAUUUGAAGCAGAGAAACAGGCUUUGUUGAAUGAACAUGGUGCCGCUCAGGAACAGCUAAAUAAACUAAGAGAUUCAUAUGCUAAAUUACUGGGUCAUCAAAAUCUAAAGCAAAAAAUCAAGCAUGUUGUGAAACUGAAAGAUGAAAAUAGCCAACUCAAAUCGGAGGUGUCAAAACUCCGCUCUCAGCUCGCUAAAAGAAAACAAAGUGAGACAAAACUUCAGGAGGAAUUGAAUAAAGUUCUUGGUAUCAAACACUUUGAUCCUUCAAAGGCUUUUCUUCACGAAAGCAAAGAAAAUUUUGCUCUCAAAACACCAUUGAAAGAAGGCAAUACAAACUGCUAUUGAGCUCCUGUGGAGUUUCAAGAAUAAUGCACGUCAAUAUCGGGAAGACCUGUUAAAAAUUAUUUCGUUCUUUUUAUUAUUGUUUUUGCUAUUGUUACUGUUAUUAUGAUGUUUCUAAUGAAUAUUUUUAAUGUAUUUAAUAUUAACUUCCUGUUCUUAAGUAUGUGAAGGGAAGUUCACAUACAUACAUACCAGUAUGACUUCUGACAUUUUAUUUUCUAUUGUCUGUACCUCCUCCUUGAUGCUUACCUUUAUCACCUCAUUCUAAACUUUCUCUCUGGCUUUCCAACUUUACAGCUCAUCCCAUCAAAUCAACAUUCCUUUAAAAAUUGCUGAUUAUUAUUCUCCUACUCUGAAACCUCAAUGGUUUCAAGAUUCUAAUCCAGAGUUUUUUUAAUUCAAUACUGGAAGCCUUUUCUAAUCUGAACAUCUUAAACUGGGCAAAAACACCUCGGUCUGUUCUUGACUCUACUUUGUCUAAUAAUGUUCAUUCUGUUAUAUCCAUCAUCCAUUUGUCCAGUGCAAAUAAGAAAUAAGGGUAUGUCUAACUCCACAACAAUCUUUUUGUCUCUUAUCAGGGUCACUGAGUUGGUCAAGAAUUUGCAGAUUCCUAGACUCCAUCUCAAUCCUACUAAAUUAAAAUCUGGAGUUUAGCCUGAACAUCUGCAUUUUUUUUUAACAUCUGCCUUUUUAACCAACUCUGCAGUCAAUUCUUAGAUACACUAAAAAUCUGAGAAACUGUCCUCAAGAGAAUUUGUCUUAGAGUGCUUGGCAUCUGAUUACUAACUGCUUAGUUAAUAAGUGUGUAAUAUGAAAUAAAACCACACAUUAAGUCAUUUACCCAGUUAUUCAACUUAUAUGAAGUUACAUAAAUGGUUCUAUUUAAGGUGUAUUUCUUGUCUUUGUUCUCCCCUCCCUACCUUGUCCCGAGAAUCACACAUAGUAGUAUAUUAUUUAGAAACUGGUGAUUCUUCAUUUAAAAUAACUGAUUUGGGCAGCCCCCGUGGCUCAGCAGUUUAGUGCCGCCUUCAGUCCGGGGCCUGAUCCUGGAGACCUGGGAUCAAGUCCCACAUCGGGCUCCCUGCAUGGAGCCUGCUUCUUUGUCUGCCUGUGUCUCUGCCUCUGCCUCUCUCUCUCUCUCUCUCUCUCUCUCUCUGUGUGUGUGUGUGUGUCUCAUGAAUAAAUAAAUAAAAUCUUUUUAAAAAUUAAAUAAAAUAACUGAUUUAUGGGAUGCCUGGGUGGCUCGCCGGUUUAGCGCCUGCCAUCAGCCCAGGGCAUGAUCCUGGAGUCUUAGGAUCAAGUCCCACAUUGGGCUUCCUGCAUGGAGCCUGCUUCUCUCUCUGCCUGUGUCUCUGCCUCUCUCUCUCUCUGUCUGUUGUGAAUAAAUAAAUAAAAUCUUUAAAAAAAUAAAAUAACGAUUUACAAAGUUGGUAUGAUAUUGUAAGCCAAAAGUUCAGAAGAACUGUAGAAAUUAGAAAAAAAAACACUUCAAAUUAAAGACAAAAAUAGGUGAAAAGUGAAACAGUGUUAAAAGAUAUACCAUUCUGAGGCAUAACAUCAGCAAGGUGGCAGAAGAGAAUCCUUGGACCCUCCUCUCCCCAAAAUACAUACCAAGUCAUUGGUAAUACAGAGACAAAUUCACUUUGUGAGCAAUCCAGAAACUAGUUGAGAGUGCCAAAAAUAUAAGUAGGGAAAGCAUAGUGCCUUCAAUAAAUAGUGUUGGCAAAACUGGAUAUCUAAAUGCAAAACAGUGAACCAUACACAAAAAUCACCUCCAAGAUCUUAAACCAUUAAACAACUAGAAGAAAAUAUAAUAGGAAAGUUUUAUGACAUCACUCUUGGCAAUGAUUUCUUGAUUAUGAGAGAUAUCAAUAGCCUCCCUCAGGGGCACCUGGAUGGCUCAGUUGGUUAAGCAUCUGACUCUUGAUCUCACCUCAGGUCUUAAUUGUAAGAUUCUAAAUUCAAGCUCUGUGUUGAAAAAAAUCAGAAAGGAUAUUGAAGAUUUAGACAAUACUCUGAACCAAGUUGAUUAGAUUGACAUUUAUGAAAAAACUACCCAACAACAAUAAUAUAUACAUUCUUUUUAUGUGAACAUACAAAAUUUACCAAUAUCGACUAUAUCCUGGACCACAAAACCAGUUCUCAAUAUUAAUGGAUUUCAAUCAUAUCUGGUAUGUUCUCUGUCCACAAUAGAUUUAAUUUAGAAAUCAAUAACAGAACUCUGGAAAACCCAUAGAUAGUUGCGAGAUUAAUACAUUUUUUUUUAAGAUUUUUAUCUAUUCAUUAUAGAGAGCACAAGCAGGGGGAGUGGUAGGCAGAGUGAAAGGGACAAGCAGGCUCCCCGCUAAGCAUGGAGCCCAGUUGAGGGCUUGAUCCCAGGACCCUGGGAUCCUGACCUGAGCCGAAGGCAGAUACUUUACCAACAGAGUCACCCAGGUACCCCUAAAUAAUACAUUUCUAAAUAAGCCAUGGGUCAGUGAGAAAAAUCAAAGGGAAAAUUAGGAACUUUUUCAAACAGAAUCAAAAUGAAGAUACAACAUAUCAAAAUGCUAUGGACUGCUGCUAAAGCAGAUUUCGAGCAGUUAUCUCACUGAAUGCCUAUAUUUCAAAAGAAGAAAGCUCUUAAAUCAAUAACUUUAGCUUUUAACUUAGGAAUGAGAAAUAGAAGAGCAACUUAAACCCAAACUAAGUAAAGGAAAAGGAAAACUAAAGGUCAGAGUAGAACUCAAUAAACUAGAAAACAAAAAUCAUAAAGUCAAUGCAAGAUUUUAUUUACUGAGAUCAAUAAAAUUGCUAAACCUCUAGCUAGACUGAUUAGGAAAAAAAAUAAAUAAAUUACCAAUAUUAGGAAUAAGAGAAGUAUUUUUGUGAAGAACAUAUUUACUGCCUUAAUUAUAGUGAUGGUUUUUUGGGUUGUGUAUAUCUAUCUAUAUAUGUAUAUCUGUCAAAACAUCAAAUUAUAUAUCUUUAAUAUAUACAGUUUAUUGUAUGUCAUACCUCAAUAAAGGUUUUAAAACAUGGUUCAUUCCCAAAUUAAAGUCUUAAUGUUGAGAUUAUUCUUUGGACUACUGGUUUAAAAUGGAUUUAUUUAUGAAGACUAGUUUAUGUUUGUGUGUAUUAUUUUUUGUUAAUAUUUGUUUUAAAUGAAAUUAGGUUUCAUUCUUGUACUUUUUUUAAAAAAUUGAGUUUUGUAAGGAGGGUUUCAGAAUUUUUUAAUCAUUAAUGGAAGAAAAUAUGCCCUUGUUAAAAGUACAUUUUCUAAAAAGAAUAUAAACAAUGUGAAGCUAAAGAUUUCUCCCCUUUUAAGAUUAUGAAGAAAAUGAAACAUCUUCUAAGGAGGAAUCUUUGGUACCACAUGUGUGAUGGCUUCAGACUGAGAAGACUGAGUCCCAAGCUUUAUUUUGUGUCCUCUCCUAACCCCAAACAUCCCCAGCAUUGUAAUCCUUCAAGUAUGAUAUAAAUAUCUUUAUCUCAAUAAAUAAAAUACCACAUUCCA